AUGGUGACGCUCCCGGAGGUGCUGACGCUGCUGGCCGGGCUGCUGGCCACGGCCUCGGGCUACUUCGUUAGCAUAGAUGCGCACACGGAGGAGUGCUUCUUCGAGGGGGUCACCUCGGGCACCAAUAUGGGUCUCAUCUUCGAGGUGGCGGAGGGCGGCUUCCUGGACAUAGAUGUGGAGAUUACGGGACCUGAUAAUAAAGGAAUUUAUAGAGGAGACAGAGAGUCCAGCGGGAAGUAUACUUUUGCAGCUCACAUGGAUGGAACUUACAAGUUUUGUUUUAGCAACAGAAUGUCCACCAUGACGCCCAAGAUAGUGAUGUUCGCUAUUGAUAUUGGAGAAGCUCCAAAGGGCCAAGACACGGAAACAGAAGCUCAUCAGAACAAGCUCGAAGAGAUGAUUAAUGAGCUCGCUGUGGUGGUGACAGCGGUAAAGCAUGAACAGGAGUACAUGGAAGUCCGGGAGAGAAUACACAGAGCAACUAAUGACAACACAAACAGCAGAGUGGUACUCUGGUCCUUCUUUGAAGCUCUUGUAUUAGUUGCCAUGACAUUGGGACAGAUCUACUACCUGAAGAGAUUUUUUGAAGUCCGGAGAGUUGCCUGAGAAGGCUUUUCCUG